UUGGCCGAUAGCGGUGCGAAAAAAUUUUGCUUGACACGAAGAACAUGGUGAUGCAUGCGCAACUGGUGGAAGCACUCACGAAGGUGGACAAGCGGACCCAGAACCUCCUCAAGCGCGUCAUCCAUUAUGAACCUGUCCAAAAGAUGCUCGAAGCAUUCUUGAACGACACAUCGCGGUCCUUUGAAGACUGGAUUUGGGAUUCCAAGACGCGUGAAGUGUUGAGUCGAUUGCAAGACCGGGCAGAUAUGUUUGGACCUCACGCCGCCACAAAGGACCACACUCUACAGACAAGCUUUAGUGACGCCCUUCAGAACGGACUCAAUCGCAUGGACGAUGAGUCCAUCGUGGGUGUCGCGACGACAGCCAAGCAGACGGGCAAAGAACUCUUUGCCCACAAGCGAUUCGAGCAAACGUUGAAAGCGUUUCGAAAUGCCGCGGAAGUCCUCAAACCCCACUUGGCACGGUCCCCCACCGCCUUUUCGUCACUUUUCGUUACAUCUUGCACCAACGCUGCGAUCUGUGGCAUCAAGCUGCAGGCAUGGCCAACCGUACAAGAGUACGCCCAGCUGGCCCUGGCGCAGAGCCCCACGGACGGUAAAGCGUGGUACUGUCUUUCUAAAGUCCUCUUGUGGGAGCAUCGGUACGACGAAGCGAAGCAAGCAGCGGAGAAAGCGUUGGAUGCAAACCCGAACGACGCGAUGUGCCACAAAGUCCUUCAAGACAUCGAGGUCCUCCAACGCCGUGUCGAAGCACGCGUGGCAAAAGAGACUGAGCUCCUUCGGCAGAAAGCUGAUCUCGUUCGCGAGAAUGCCGAGGCCGCGCGGGCACUCGAGGAGGCCAAGUACAAGCCACGGUUUGUCGCGCUUCCGGCUCCCACAAGCCCGAAAACACCCGCGAGUCGAUUGAACAUGUACUUUCAGCGAAGCAAAGAACAGGUCUCGAUCGACUUUACAUCCCUCUUCGACGUCGAGAAUGGCGAGCCGCCUCUAUACGAGUGUGUUGUGACCAACUUGUCGACGAAAACGCGCCUGGCGACGGCCCAAGCACCAAACAAGAAAGCCGCGCAAGCAAUUGCGACCGACGUGGCCAUCCUCAAGAUGUGGUACGACCGACACACGACCGGGACCCUGCACGCAGAAGACGCUGCGUACCUUGCGGCGCAUCCUGACGACCUCGAGACUAUUCUGGGACUGGACUACUCGAUGGUUCACACAAAGCUUCGGCAGCAACCGGAAGCACCCGUUCAGAUGACGUACACGAGCGCGAUCUUUCUCCGCGACCAAAACGCCUCUCCAUCGAUGUACCUGAACCAGCUGCACUCGCAGGGCAAACUCCACAUUCACUUCGACAUCACCGAUCUCUCUGACAUCCCCAACAACAUUCAGCUAUUCCGGGUGUCGGCGAUCCUAAACGGUCGCGUGGUCGCCACCCACGAGUGUCCGUCCAAGAAGACCGCCAAGCAAGUCGUGUCCAAGACUGCGUUAGAUGUGGCGAUCCGAGAAAGUCAAGCGAUGUUUCCAGACCAAACCGAGGAUUCGAUCCGAGACGUGCCGUCACUGGGUGCAGUGCGUGACGAGCGCUGAAA